CUGGCCAAGUCUCAAUUAUCUACUGUUUCGUCUUCGUGACAUGUGAAAUCGUUUCCGAUACUCCGACGACGACGACAACGUUUAUCUCACAGCUUAUCCCCUUUAGACGCUGCCCCUAAACAAAGUCUAUAAAGCAAAAAAGAAUUAUUCUCUCGAUAAAACUUAAGUCGAUCACUCGCAAGUCGCAAAGGCAGUCAAAGGCUGAUGGUCCAGUCGGGAGCGUGCGUUUAACAGAAAACGUUAUCAGUAAAAUUUUCAAGACCCGAUUAUGACAGAUUCACAUCAAACGAAAAUACCUCCAUCGAUAACUGUCAAUGGAGAAAAAGGUGACGAAGAAGAGGCUCGGGAGCCUCUACAACCGAAGUUUGUUUUAGGCAAGAAAAAGUCGAAUAACCUCGGUGCUCGUUCGGGUAAAUUUAUUCGCGGUCUUUUGCCAAUUUUCGGUUGGAUCUGUGAUUAUGACACUGAGUGUGCUAUUAAUGAUUUUAUUGCCGGAAUCACUCUGGGACUUACAAUCAUUCCCGAGAGUAUUGCAUGUGCUUUAUUGGCAGGACUUCCAGCUCAUUAUGGACUUUGUUCGGCGUUUUUAGGUUCAUUUGUUUACCUGUUCUUCGGUUCGAUUGAUAAGGUCAUCGUUGGACCUACAAGCUUGGUGGCCCUUGUCAGUGUUCAGUUUACAAUGGGCAAGCCUGUUGAAUUCGCUGUGGUAUUGACAUUUUUAGCUGGCAUUGUGCAGCUGAUAAUGGGAAGCUUGCAACUAGGUUUCCUCUUCGAAUUCAUCUCAAUGCCUGUAAUAAAAGCCUUCUCAACAGCAACAGCCAUUCUAGUCAUCGAAUCCCAGAUCAAAGUAAUGCUUGGCAUAAAAUAUCUAGCAGCUGGAUUUAUUGAAUCAAUAAGAACUUUAUCAUUUCGUUUAGAUGAAUCUAAUUUAGGUGAUUUCCUAAUGGGUUUAUCAGCCAUAAUAUUUUUAGUAUUCUUCGAGUUUCUUGGAAGAGUCGCCGAACGUCCAAAUCAACCAAAAGUGAAAAAACUCAUCUACCAAUAUUUAUCAUUUUCAAGAAAUACCUUAAUUGUAUUUAUAACCGCGAUGGUUACAGUGGUCUGGAUUAGUCAAUUACCUGCACAAACAUCAGAGACAUUAUCAAAUACAACUUUAGUUGUUCCAUAUGCUUUGAGUAAAACUGCAAUGUCUGGUUUUCCAAAUUUUACAUUUCCAGCUAUGAAAAUUGUAACGCCAGAAAAGACAUUUUAUUUUGUUGACAUUUUGGCCGAAUUGAAUUUGGGAAUAAUUGUCAUACCAAUUGUUGGGGUUUUGACAAAUAUUUCAAUUGGAAAAUUGAAUCCAAAAUGUAGAGCCAGUGCUAAUCAAGAACUUUUUACCCUUGGACUUUGUAACAUAAUUGGAUCAAGUGUUCAGUCAAUGCCAACUUCAGGAGCUUUUACCCGAUAUGCCAUUAGUUCUGCCUGUGGCCUCAAGACUCCAAUGGCAAACUUAUAUUCAGGAAUGAUCGUCCUUUUAGCCCUUGGUUUCCUUAGCCCCUACCUGAACUACAUUCCCGAAGCCACUUUAGCCGCCAUUUUGAUGUGUGCCAUCGUAACCCUCAUUGAUUUCAAUCUUCCGCUAAGACUUUGGCAAGAAAGUCGAAGAGACUUCUACAUUUGGUGCAUAUGUUUCAGCGCAUGCGUCAUGUUCGGCGUUGAAGUGGGACUUUUGGUGGGAAUCAUCAUAACAGUGUCCUAUCUUCUCUAUCUUUGGGCCCGACCUGAAGUCACUGUCAAAAUAGAUUCGAUUGACGAUAUGCAAUACAUCUCGGUGACACCAGGAAAUGGAGUCUACUUUCCGGCGAUCAAUUUUCUCCGUGGGAAAAUUCUCAAAGCAUGCAUUCAGGCUGAUUUCAAAAUUCCAGUCGUUAUCAAUUGCAAAAUGAUCACAGGUCUUGACUAUACCGCAGCUCAAGGCAUAUCCCGGUUAUCAACAGAUCUCUGUCAAGAGGGCAACGGAUCACUUUUGAUCCUCUACCACAUGAAUAUGAACCAGCAAAAAUUAAUCGAUCUCACAGAGAACUUAGUCUUUUGUGAGAGUAAAGAGAAAAUACGUGAAUUUUUAACGCAAGAGUCUUUGCGAAAUGGUUUCAUUAAUCUAAAAGCACAUAUCCGGGCGUCCAUUGACUUAGGCUAUAAGGUUGAUAUAGAAUAGAAUAAAAAAAAAUAAAAACUAGAAAAUUGAAAAUCGA